CUAACCCACCCAAUCCCAAAAACUCACGAAUUAAUUAGAUCGGAUCAUUUGGAUUUCGAGUCAUAAAAAUUUCUAUUUUCGGGUGGAUUCGGGUCGGGUCAACAAGGCGGUUGUAAUUUUGGUGUUUUUAUCGGCGAUUAAUCUGAAAAUCUAGGGUCGUGAAAUAGGCUUUCAGAUUGGAGAUGAGUACGCAAAAGGGAAGAUGGGGAAAACCGGCCAGCAGAAAUAUCCACUACGUCUACACGCGAGGAUGGGACAAACCAGCCAUUGGAAAUGAAAUGAGCCACGCCUUCCGUUCUCUCAGCCACAUCCCUUCUCUAGUUAACAAAACCUGAGACUGCUCUCCCCUCGGAUUCCCACCAUUAUUUCCUCCGUAGUCCGUUGCAACCACUCUAAGCUUCUGUCCUCUGCUUCUAAAGGUACUGCUCUUCCUCCCUUCUUCUAUAGUCAUAUUCCUCCCAAGUGGCGUUGGUUAGUUGCUUGUUGCUCUGCCGCUUCUGUGUUUGCUAGCCGCUGAAUUCUUUUUUGUUGACUGAUUUGGAUGAAAGCUGGAAACCCAUUUCCUAGUUUCCCAUAUUGUAUCUUAAAAUGACGAUGCGAGGUUGAAAUUUUUGAACUGAAUAUGAAUAGCCAAACCGGCGAACUCUAGCAGCUGUCAGUAGAUGAAAUAUAGGGCCAGAUUCCAAUCGCACUAUGUUCUUACUUGUUCCUGCAACUUGUGUAAUGAUGCCCAUGGGGAGUUUCUUUGUCAGCUGCCCUUUCUUGUCACUCCCUCUACACCUCCGUCAAGUUGCUGGAGGUUAAUUUUGCAUUGACUCAUUCUGUUUCCACUUUCCAUUUGAUAAUUAGUGUCUUGUAUGUCGGUUGUGUUCUUGAGAAUCGUUCUGCUGAAACUUCGUAAUUAUAGGUCCUAAGUUGUGGGGUCUCUGUAAAUAUUUGGUGGCUCUAAUAUAGUUUUCGCAGCAUAGCAAGCGGAUCCACCAAAAGGUUUCAUUUAUUUAAAUAAUAAACCUCCAGGAAUAUACUGCUUUCAAGUAUUAGUUGUUUCCUCUGGACUGCAAAUGUAUGGUUGUUGUUUCUCUAAUCAGCCGAAACCAGCUAGCUAAGGCUGACUGUUCUUUCUUGUCAGGUUAUUCAGUUGAGAAGUGUGUUUUCUGCAUGAUUUGUUACCAGCAGCAGCAGUGAAUUUCAAUAUACCAAAUUAUAUAGCUUGUUUGUUUGUGUUCUUGCUAAUUCUUUUAUCAUGUUUCUCAUUGGUACAUAUCUGACUUCUUUUGAUAUACAGAUGUCAGCAUCAUCAGCUUGCCUUUUAGGGAAUGGUUUGUCAACAAUAAACGCGAAACCAACAAAUUUCUAUGGCAGAAGCAUUCUUCCCAGUUCAAGUCUUCCUUCAUUGGGCAACACAUCAUCAAAAGCAUUAUUGGUGAAGGCAUCUUUGGACAGAAGGCAGCUUGGUAGAAGAAGAGAUUUUCUGAAGCUCUUGUUGGGGAAUGCGGGACUUGGAGGAUCUGCAUUGCUUGGAAAUGGGAAAGCUCUUGCUGACGAUCAAGAUGUUUCUUCAUCCAGGAUGUCUUAUUCCAGGUUUUUGGAGUAUUUGGAUAAGGAUAGAGUGAAAAAGGUGGACUUGUUUGAGAAUGGGACAAUUGCUAUUGUGGAGGCUGUUUCGCCUGAGUUGGGUAAUCGGGUGCAACGCGUUCGUGUGCAGCUUCCAGGCCUUAGCCAAGAACUUCUUCAGAAAUUCAGAGAAAAGAAUAUUGACUUUGCAGCUCACAAUGCACAAGAAGACUCUGGUUCUUUCCUUUUUAACUUGAUUGGAAAUCUAGCUUUUCCUUUAAUCUUGAUAGGAGGGCUUUUCCUUCUCUCUCGACGUUCCCCUGGAGGAAUGGGUGGUCCUGGGGGCCCUGGUAACCCCCUUGCAUUUGGUCAGUCUAAGGCAAAGUUCCAAAUGGAGCCCAACACUGGUGUAACAUUUGACGACGUUGCUGGAGUUGACGAAGCUAAGCAAGAUUUCAUGGAAGUUGUGGAGUUCCUUAAGAAGCCUGAGAGAUUCACUGCAGUUGGGGCUCGUAUCCCAAAGGGUGUCCUUCUUGUUGGUCCUCCAGGAACUGGGAAGACUCUUCUAGCUAAGGCCAUUGCAGGUGAGGCUGGUGUCCCAUUUUUCUCCAUAUCCGGUUCUGAGUUUGUUGAGAUGUUUGUCGGUGUUGGUGCCUCAAGAGUCCGUGAUCUCUUCAAAAAGGCAAAGGAGAAUGCUCCAUGCAUUGUGUUUGUUGAUGAAAUUGAUGCUGUUGGAAGGCAAAGAGGAACUGGCAUUGGUGGAGGAAAUGAUGAAAGGGAGCAAACCCUAAAUCAGCUUUUGACCGAGAUGGAUGGUUUUGAGGGUAACACUGGCAUCAUUGUCGUUGCUGCAACCAACAGGGCAGACAUUCUUGACUCUGCUCUCCUGAGACCAGGACGGUUCGACCGACAGGUGAGUGUUGAUGUUCCAGAUGUACGUGGUAGAACUGAAAUCCUCAAAGUUCAUGCCAGUAACAAGAAAUUUGAUGCGGACGUGUCUCUCGAUGUCGUAGCCAUGAGAACACCUGGUUUCAGUGGAGCUGAUCUUGCUAACCUCUUAAACGAGGCAGCUAUCUUAGCUGGUCGCCGUGGGAACACAGCAAUCUCACCUAAAGAAAUUGAUGAUUCUAUUGACCGGAUUGUUGCUGGAAUGGAAGGAACUGUAAUGACAGAUGGGAAGAGUAAAAGUCUUGUUGCAUACCAUGAAGUUGGCCAUGCUAUUUGUGGGACUUUGACUCCUGGCCAUGAUGCAGUUCAAAAGGUCACCCUAAUUCCACGAGGUCAGGCAAGAGGUCUUACUUGGUUUAUUCCAAGUGAUGAUCCAACCCUGAUCUCCAAGCAGCAACUCUUUGCCAGAAUUGUCGGUGGACUUGGCGGAAGAGCUGCUGAAGAAAUUAUCUUCGGUGAGCCUGAGGUGACCACUGGGGCAGCUGGUGACUUGCAACAGAUUACCGGGUUGGCCAAGCAGAUGGUGGUGACAUUCGGAAUGUCAGAGAUAGGACCGUGGUCGUUGAUGGACUCAUCGGCCCAGAGUGGGGAUAUGAUCAUGAGAAUGAUGGCAAGGAACUCGAUGUCGGAGAGGCUAGCCGAAGACAUUGAUAGUGCUGUGAAGAGGCUCUCAGAUGGUGCAUACCAGAUUGCACUCUCCCACAUCAGGAACAACCGUGAGGCAAUGGACAAGAUUGUUGAAGUCCUCAUUGAGAAGGAAACAAUGACGGGUGAUGAGUUCCGGGCAAUCCUGUCCGAAUUCGUCGAAAUCCCCAUCGAGAACAGGGUUCCCCCGGCGGUGCCAACUCCAGUGACUGCUUGAAUCUGGAUUGCUGUGUUGCAUUCCACCACAACCAAACGUUUCCUGUUUAUCAACCGUUCAUUUGAUGGUUGUGUAAUUUGUAGUAAUCUUCGAUCACUGUAAUUAUAUAAUAACAAACAAGGACACGUACGCUAAGUUAUAAGUUAAUGAAUACAAUAGUGUUUGAAUCACAGUGUCCAUUGGGGCAUUUGUCAGCAAGAGUGCACAAAUAAGAACCAGAUACGAGUUGGUUAAAUUUGUUUAAGUUGAGUUGGAAUCUUGGUUGACAGAGUCGAUGUGAGUGAGAAGUAAGGAGCAGACCUGGUCAGAUUACUUGAUUGUGCAUAUUUUCUCCAAUUAAAUUUAACUAGCUAUUUAGCCAGCGCUUUACAACUGGGAUUUUUUUUGCCUGGUGUGUGGCCAUUUUGGGCAAAUUUGACAAUUUGUCUAUGUUUUCAAAAGAUUGUCAAGAGAAAUUAUAAAAGAGUAACUGUAUAUACAACAUUGAAAAGAACAAAGAACUUCAUAAGCAUAAUCAUGUGAAAAGUUUGGUUACAUCUAAAAUGGAGAUCAUAUAGUCUGAAAUCAAUAGAUCAGUAGUAGCAAUAACAUGGGAAAAAGCAAAUUAACCUAUGUUCUUUGCAAGGAAGAAUCAAUUUUGGUUGCAAAUUUAGCAAUUAAUCACUAAUACUCCAUGAGAAUUGUAGGAAAUGGUUCUCCAAUAUAUCAUAGGAAGAUAAUUAAUGAUUAAGUAGUUCGUGUUUAAAAUAAGGCGUGGUUCAUUUCUACCGCACCAUUUGAAUGGAGUUUGGUCCAAUCCGGAUUGUUGCCCACCCCAAUACUUGGUCUGAUCUAUGAAUAAUAUUGUAGACUUGUUUUAUAUGGUUGCAAACCACUGUGUCUCAGGGUUUUCUGUUUUUUUAGAGGCGUUAAAUGAAAACAAUUACCAAAAUAUACAUAGAACUCAAAGUCUAAUAUGAUCUUACCUUGUGGGAGAAGUUGAACUUAUAAUUAUAUGAGCCUUGGGAGAGAAUAUUUUUUUCCUUGGCCCUCAAUACUCAUAUAGAGUAGGUGGAACCAUCAUUCUUUACUCUUCUCUCAUCGUAGCUGAUGUGGAAGACGAGGUAGAGGAUGCUUCUUCUCAAAGAUGAAAGCUGCAAUCUUCGCCAAUUUCCUUCUUCCAACUCGAGAGAUCAACUCGAGAUGAGUGUUUCAUGAAGCGUCCUCCUCUUUUGAGCUAAAUGUCCCUUCUUUAGAUUUCAGCAAGGUUGAACUCGAUGUUUCUCUUUCCUUGAUGAUCUCUUGCACGAUCCUUUGGUUUUUUGUUUCUCUUCUUAGCAUCGCAAUAGCGCGAAAAACUUGAUGUGCAUGUAUGUAGUACUAUUAAUGCAACAAAAGUAAUAAAUUUCUAAAUAUGUCUUGCGUCAUAUUCCACAAUAUCUUCUAAUAACAUCUACUCAUAACCAAUCACUCAUGCUCAAACAAAGACACAACAAGAAUUGAUGGGUUGAGGUUCCCUAUCUUUAGUGGUUUUGAGAUGUAACAUAGAUAAAUAAAGCAUAAAGUAAAUG